AUGCAUUUCUCUUCGUUCAUUCAUUCUGCUCUACUCUUAACUUCAGCUACAGCACAUGUACCACUCAAAUUCACCAGACAGGCCACGAACGAGACGCAGGCAUAUCAGCUUCAGACACCUCCUCUAGACACCGAUUAUACCAGUAGCGUGGGCACCAAGCCUUGGCCACAGCACCCAAGGCCAAAACUCAAGCGUGAUCAAUGGCAGAAUUUGAGUGGCAUCUGGCAGUAUACGAAUGCCUCCAGUCUGGACGCUCUGAACAACCCUCCUUUCGGCCAGAACCUUGCUAGGGAAGUACUUGUGCCUUUCUGCCUUGAAUCUGGACUCUCCGGCAUUCAAGGGGAGAACUUAUUGUACUCGUGGUACCGCACUACAUUCGACGUACCAACAGACUGGACUGGCGGUCGUGUACUUCUCAACUUCGACGCUGUAGACUACGAAGCGACAGUCUUUGUGAACGGCCAAAACGUUACUUUCCACCGAGGUGGCUACUUUGCUUUCUCGGUCGACAUCACGGACGCGCUGCAAGCAGGAGGCAACGGCACGAACGAGCUUGUCGUCUUUGUCCACGACCCAACGGACAGUGAUCCAUAUGUCAUCCCCAUCGGCAAGCAGACCCUGAGGCCCUCGCACAUCUUCUACAGGCCUUGCAGCGGCAUCUGGCAGACGGUCUGGCUCGAAUCUGUGCCCACCAAUUAUAUCAGCUCGCUCGAUGUCAACGGAGACGCUGAUGGCAAUCUCAACAUUACAGUGACUGCCGCUGACAAUUCGACUUCUGAUGUCGAGGUCACGGUCUACGAAAAGAACACCACCAAUUCUGUCGCAACCGGAAGUGGCAACUCUGGCUCUGCUUUCAGCAUCAAGGUGGACUCUGUACGACUAUGGACUCCGGAAAACCCAACUCUGUACGACGUUGUCGUCAAACUUGGAGACGAUGAGAUUCAAAGCUACAGUGGAUUCAGAACCAUCAGUCGAGGCGAAGUAAAUGGUGUGCAGCGCAUCCUGCUGAAUGGUGCCUCUUACUUCCCAUUUGGAACCCUUGAUCAAGGGUAUUGGCCAGAUGGGCUCUACACACCCCCAACGUACGAUGCAAUGGUAUACGAUUUGAAGGUCUUGAAAGACAUAGGUUACAACAUGUUGCGCAAACACAUCAAGGUGGAGCCUCCGCUGUUUUACGAAGCAACUGACCGCCUAGGAUUACUCGUGAUGCAAGACAUGCCGUCCCUACGACCUAGUCAGUCAAGGACAUUAGAAGAUUGCACCUCAGUCACUAUACUUCCGGAUGCUGCUCAACAACAAGAAUUUCAGCGCCAGUUAGAGGUCUUGGUCACUCAAUUCCGCUCAUACACUUCCAUCUUCUCCUGGGUCAUCUACAAUGAGGGCUGGGGACAGAUUACAACGCAACCAUAUCCGGAAUUCGGAUUGACCGACGUCGUGAGAAGUCUAGACCCAACUCGACUUGUGAACGCCAACACUGGUUGGUAUGACCAUGGCGCAGGCGACUUCAGUGACAACCAUCACUAUGCUAACCCUCAGUGCGGAACACCUUGGUAUUCGAUCAACAGCUCGCCUCACGACCCAUCACGUAUUGGAUUCCAAGGCGAGUUCGGUGGCACUGGACACAAUGUUUCUGCGGAAAACCUCUGGAAGGUCGAGCAAGCCAUCAACCAGAUCAAUCAGACAUAUGAGAUUGAUGAGACUCUCGAUAUCUGGAAUUACAGAGGUCACUUUCUGCUUAACGAGCUUUUGUCUCAGGUUGAGCUGUACUCUUGUGCUGGAGGUGUCUGGACUCAAACUACUGAUGUCGAGGGCGAAGUCAACGGCAUGCUCACCUACGACCGUCGCAUCAUCCGCCCUGACCUGGAACAAUGGAAUCGUGAUAUUCAAGCUUUGUAUAAUGCGAAUGCUGCAAGGAGCAAUGCCACUGCGCCGACAUUCGCGCCCACAGUGGCUUACACCCCGGUUGCGACACCUUGGAACCCUUCGUACUAUGAUCAGUAUGUCUGGCAACCCGCCGGACCUGCGCAGACUACUGGUGGCGGAGGGGUACCAGGAGGUUGGGAUGUGUAGGUCGGGGAAUCUUGGAAUGGAACCUGAUAAACACGGCAUUUCGUAAAUAC